AGAUAGCAGAAAGGACCAAUUUAUCGGCUGUGGUUCCAGACAUCUUCUUUGUUCGAAAGAUGGACCUCGUUCUUCUAACAUGAACAGCCGUACCAACAAUACCUUGAACAUGGGCUAUUGGCAGCAGCAUACGUAUGAAGUAUAUGAUGAUGUCCCCUACGAUAGGAUUCAUGUUUCUUCAAUAUCACUUGUUCCUCGCUCUAUGCCUGCUGUCGGAAGUCCAAUGGGUCCGUUUGGGUCCAUUCAGGACAGAGCGUAUAUGAUGCCUUCAUUUACUAGGGCCAUGUCUCAACCUCCGAUGCAAAACCUGCCCCGAGACACCAAUAUGCCAAGAGAUGUACACCCGAGGCCAAGAUUCACCCACCAAUCCCCUAGGGCAAUUAAUCCUAUAUCAACGGGCAAUGACCAUAAUAAUGGGGUCGAGAAACUUAGGAGAGAGGUCUACAACCCUGGAGUACAACGAUUAAGCCAAUAUAAUAACGAUGAUUAUAAAUCUAGAGCCAAAUCACAAGAAAGCAGGAACAACGAAGAUGGCAAGAGAUGUGCUGUCUGCUUAGAUGACUUCGAGCCAAGGGAAACGGUGACUCUGACACCAUGUCAUCAUAUGUUUCAUGACAACUGCAUUGUACCAUGGGUGAAGAGCCGUGGUCAAUGUCCUGUUUGUAGGUUUGUGAUCGGUGACCCGACUAACGAGCGUGAAGGGGGUCGCACCAGUAACAAUGGUGGUUUGCGCAAUGAGGCAUUUGAAAGAGAGUUUAUGGCUUUUAUAAGAACCAUGGAAGCUAGGGGUUAAUCUGGUUCGGCUCAAGCUAAGGGGUAGCUCACCGGUAAUAAGGGUUGAACCUUUGGGGCCGUUUCCCAAAAGGUCACUGGUACGAAUCCCUCCAAAGCCACUGAAGAUUUUCUAGGUUGGUAUCUUCAGGAUUCAAAGAAAUUAGUCGAGGUUUACACACUGAUUUAAACAUCCUGUGAAAAAAAAACCUACGUGAGGAUAAAAACAUAAUUACCUCAAUUGAUCUUGUUUGGUUUUUAUUUUGUUGGAAAGAUUAUUAUGUAUUCA